UCAUGAGGAUUAGAUUACACUAAUGUCCGCCGGCCAAAGCUGGCGUGGCCCCUCGCCAACAGUUUCAUAUAAAGGGAAAGAAGGAAACCAUCGAAUUUAUAUUUAUAUAUCAGCUUCAGAGGGCUUUCCACUCUCUCUCUGUCUCUCUCUCUCUGGUGGGUUUUGGAGGAAAUGGAGGGCGGAUUUUUUGAGACCCAGGUGACUGUUGGCAAGGAACAUUCUUGUGUGGAUGAACAGUGUGUCAGGGAGAAGGCAUCUGGGGAAUUUGGGUGCAUGCAUUACAGACGGAGAUGCAAGAUCAGAGCACCGUGUUGUGAUGAGAUUUUCGACUGCAGGCAUUGCCAUAACGAAGCCAAGAAUGCUUUGGAAGUUGAACCAGUUGAUCGCCAUGAUAUUCCUCGCCAUGAUCUGAAAAGGGUCAUCUGUUCAUUGUGCAACACAGAACAGGAUGUUCAACAGCACUGUAGCCAAUGUGGGGUUUGCAUGGGAAACUACUUUUGCCCCAAAUGCAAGUUUUUUGAUGAUGACGUUUCGAAAAAGCAGUAUCAUUGUGACCAAUGCGGUAUCUGCAGAACUGGAGGUGCGGAGAACUUUUUCCACUGUGACAGAUGUGGAUGCUGUUACUCAACAGUGCUGAAGGAUUCACACAAUUGUGUGGAAAAAGCAAUGCAUCACAAUUGCCCUGUGUGCUUUGAGUUUCUUUUUGAUACGACAGCAGACAUUACUGUCUUACCAUGUGGGCACACUAUACAUUUGGAGUGUGUGAAAGAGAUGGAGCGGCAUUUUCAGUAUUCUUGCCCAGUUUGCUCAAAAUCGUACUGUGAUAUGUCACGUUUGUGGGAAAAACUGGACCAGGAGAUUGAUGCGACUCCAAUGCCUCCGAUGUAUCAGAAUAAGAUGGUCUGGGUCCUCUGCAAUGAUUGUGGACAAACGUCAGAGGUAAAUUUUCACAUUGUGGCACUCAAAUGCCUCAAAUGCAAAUCCUACAAUACGAGGCAGACACAAAGAGGGCCAGCAUCAUGCUCAUCAAGGGUUUCAGAGAUGGCUUAUAGUUUUCUGGAAGGUCCUUUGAACCUGAGAUCACUUUGGUAGCACGCUUCGAACUAUUUUUCUUGCUUACGUAUGCUGCAGUCAACCUUAUAAGAUCUCCCCAUUGUCCUGGCCCCUUCUCCCCCUUCAAUAUUCAAAACCAUCUUUUCUGCACUGAUAGCCUAAAUCGACUUGAUAAAUACAACAACGAUGAGGAAGAGAUGAAGGAGUGAAAUGUUUAUGCAUAUUCUGUCCAAACCUGUAUUUUUUUUUUCAAUUAGUAAAAGAACAUUACAAAAAUAA